AUGCUCCUUUUUCACCACCUGCAGGAGCUCACGUUAACGCGCUACGGCGUUCGCCUGUCGCUUCGCGAUCUUCGCCUGGACACGCUGCAGCUUGCUGCUGUACUGUCCGGUUGCGAUUACCUUCCAAAGCACUCCGGUGCGCACAUUCACGGGAUCGGCAUGCGCACGGCGAUGUACGUCACACACAAAUACAAGACCUACACCGACAUCAUGCAGCACCUCAGGCAGAAGUACAUCAUAACCGACGACCUCGACGCAAGGGUAAGGCAUGCUAUGCUUGCCUUUGCCUGCCAGGUCGUCUGGGACGACACUGAGAAGGCAAGGCGCAGGCUGCCACCACUUGCACCAGAGCCGGCCGACGACGACGGCGACAGCGCCCAUCCUGCCACAACCCCUCUGUUUGAGUUCACUAGCGACCCUGCAAACGAGGGGCACACGGUCGCCGGAGUGGUGCACGUGGAGAAUGCCGUGGAACGCGCACGUGGACGCGCAGACCCUGACACGGGCCACACCUGCCACAGUGUGCGGCUUCGCCCGGCUCUCAAAGCCAUCGUAUCCGACAUGCGGAAUGGCCGACUUGAGACAACAUCACACCGUACGCGGCGUCCAGGGCGCAAGCCUCACGAUCGCAAUGGACGUGACGAUUGUGGCAAGAGCACCAAGCAGGGAAAACGUGGGCAGAAGCGACGCGGUCAAGAUCAGAACAAGAACCCAAGGGUGGCGGUCCUUAUGCCCUUCAAGCGGCUUGGAGUGGAGCUGGAGCGCUCAAAGGUGCUGGAGAUGUGCAGGUAUGCUGGGCAGAUGAAGUGCACUGCAACCACGGCACUCUACCUACACAUUCUGCGCACUGCGGAACAACACCACCGGGAAAUCCUCUCCACUCUGGCGGACCUCGCCCAGACCACAAGAAAGGAAAUUGUGGAGCGCAAGGUCGCCUUCCGCGAGGCCCAGGAGCGUGCCGAAGGCGUCGAGGACCUCAAGAAGAAGAAGAAGAAGAAGAAGGACCACAAGAAGUCCCGAGCGGCGUCGCCGUCUGACAACCCGUGCAAGAGGGCAAAAGGUGCAGCAGCAACAACAGCAGCCACAGCAACAACACCGCCCGCCACUGCAACAACAGUCACAGCAGCAGCCACAGGCAAAUCCCCAAGACCUGCCUACUGCUUCCAGCACUUGGCGCCACAGCUGACAGCAGACAAGCUAAGCAACCUCUUCACCACACUGCGCAACCACAAAAAACAUAGCCAGCAUCCGAUGCUGUCAAUCCUCCGACAGCACGGCGUGGGGAUACCGGACCCACCGAAAUGGAUGACGGCCACCAUGGCAUACAAGCUCCUGAACCUGGCGUCCAAAGAGUUCACCCCGCUCCUCCAACGGGAUCUCAAGAACAAGGCAAGAGCUGCUCAACGGCAACUGAAGAAGGUGGCGGAGCACCAUGACGAAGGCGCGCGCUUCGCAUGUGAGCACACGGCCGAGCUGGCCCUCUACAUCGGCGCCGCGCAGCAUCUUGCGAGGACCCUUGCACCGCCCGACACCGACUUGACCUCGCUCAAGAUAUUCCCCACAUUCACAAACAAGCACCCUUUCAUACAACUAGACGCAGGACUACUACGGGACCUGACCUGCUUCAAGUGUGGCCGCCUCGGCCACUCCCAGCGCCAGUGCCGACAGCCUGCCGCAGUGCGGCCACCGCCAAGGCAAGCUCUGUCCCUCCUCGAUUUCCUCGGAGCAGACGUGGCCAGGCAGUUCCGGAAGCGUCGCGUCACGUCCAUCAGGACGGACGGCUACACGGCAUACCUCCUGGUGGAGCCCAGCGCGCGCCGCGACACCGUCUGCGACACCAGCCCCAUCACACCCGUGGUUGGGGUCGACCCAGGCACCCGCAUCCCGCUUGCCUGCGUUCGGAUCCAAGAUGGCAAAAAAAUGAUUGUGUCGCAGAAGCGAAUAGUGAACCAGCUUUAUACGGGGCGGGGACGGCGACACCACAAGCCAACGGCGACAGUGCCAGCAAGGUCAGGGGGUAGCGACGAGGGUGGGGAGCAGGGAGGGGCGAUGGGGAAGGGGGAGACGGGGUCACGCAGGAAGAAGAGGGAGCGGGGCAAGCGGACGAAGAGGGAGAGGAGCAGGCGCAGGAAAGAGAAGGCACGGAUUGAGAAGGAGGAGCAGCUGAGACGACAGCAGCAGGAGGAGCAGGGAGGCAGGGACAAGGGAGAGGGGCAGGAAGGCAGGGACAAGGGAGAGGAAGAGCGGGAGCAGCGAGAACGGGAAGAGCAGGGCGGGGGUGCGGAGCCAGGGAGCGUGGACGAUGUGGUUGCGUCUGCGAGGGAGUGUUUGAGGGAAGGUGUGAGCAGGCGAGAGUUGAAGUGGAGGCUUCAUGAGAAGCUGAAGCACUGUCGCUUCCGAAGCAGAGUCGCCGGCGAGCUUGCGACACGCUUUGGACGCGACUGUCGGGUGUUCUUCGGAGACUGCGUCCAUAAGGGUCGCGGCGGAGGGACAAAGGCUCCCAUCCUGGAGCUACGCCGCGCCAUCGGCUGCCGGGUCGACACAAAAAUUGUGGAGGAGUUCAGGACGACAAAGUAUUCCCUCUGCUGUGCCUGGCCAAACCGCAUUGACGAGCAAACGAGGAUUGCCACGUGUACGCACUGCGGUGCGUCUGCUGACCGAGACGUUGCUGCCGCAAAGACCAUCGCUGCGAGGUCCUUGGUGGAGGAGGCAAACGGUGAGCUUGGUCCGUGGCGUGGGUCCUCCGAGCCGGACCGUCCUGAUAUGGAUAACGGGCUGGUGACAGUGUCGCGCCGCAUGUGUCGCGAAUGGAGCAUAGCAAACCAUCGGCACCAUCUGGGCCUCUAGCCUGGAUGGUCUGGCGGCACACUCUGGUGCUCCAGAAGGGCUCACGCGUUCUUCUGGACCCGGAUGAGGUCGCCAUCCUUCCUGUCGGUCCGUUGGGCUGGCAGGAGGAAGACCGCGGUCGUGCGCAGUUCAAACCUCGUUCUGCGUGUCGCCCGCGGUCACAUGGCAAUGCCAAGAACCAUGUUUCUUCUCUCGACACGCUGGCACCUCUUCUUGUGCAGUCGUACCACUUCACGGGCACUCAUGUCACGAGACACACGCGUUUAAACACAUACACAUACACAUACACAUACACAU